CUGUUACAUGUUCAGGACGAGGAGACCGCAUUACAUUGCGCAGCUGCCCGAGGACAUCUCGAAUGUGUACAGACUUUACUCGAUGCUGGUUCGUCUGUAGAUGAUUUCGAUAACCAUCAUCGAACGCCGUUGCUAUGCGCUUUGGAGAACGGCCACCUGGAUAUCGCUUUGCUCCUCAUCCACAAAGGCAGCAAGAUCAAUGAACCCGACGAUCAUGCCAACACGCCUCUGCAUGUUGCCGCUCGACUCGGUUUACUCACAGCCGUUCAAACACUUUGCCAUUGCGGUGCCAACGUCGAUCUAGCAAACCAGGAUUCGCUGACACCUCUCCAUCUAGCCGCCCGAGAAGGAUUCCUUGAUAUCGUGAGGGUACUUUGUCUUGCCAGAUCGAAUGUGGCCAGGAAAACUAAGGAUGGCCUUACAGCCGAAAUAUUGGCAUUGGCGUCUGAGCAUACACAUGUGGCAUCACUUCUAUCGAAAAUCAAACAGGACAAUGUUCGCGAAAACUACAUCGAUCAACUUUGCCCACUUCAUGCUCCCCUCAGACGAAUCAAGCUGAAACUAUUCGGGCAUUCACAAACGGGGAAGUCGCGCCUCGUUCAAUCCCUACAUUCUACACGAGGGAUUACUUCGACAAUCAUCGAUGCAGUUUCGCGGCGGAUUUCCGAUCACUAUAGUCCGAGCAAUACGAUGAGUAAAGAUGAUGGAAUCCACUCGGGACAAGGCUCAUCGUUUUCAUCCGAGUCCAAUAACAACUCGUCCGAACAGUGCGUUCAUCUCGUCCAAUGCCCUGCUCAUUCCGCAUACACCAGAGGAAUUGACGUCCAGAACAUCAAUUGUGCCGGUUGUGGUGAAUUUUCCGUGUGGGAGUUCGGUGGUUAUGAGCCAUACCAUAUGGCUUAUGAUCAUUUCGUCGGCAAUACCGACUGUAUUCAUGUGGUCUUAUUUAAAGCCACUGAUAGUACUGAAGAACAAUACAAACAGGUACUGUACUGGAUGAACUUCCUCAAGGGACGAGUCACACCCACUGAACCCAUCGGACAUUGUGGAAUAAUUUCGCGACGAUCAAAAGUCGUAAUCGUCGGAACGCAUGCCACCUCAGCACUUUUCCCAUCGAAAAAUUCUGAAGGCGAGUUUGAAUCGUCAGAUACCGAAGCGAUGUUGAAAACGGUACGACUCCGUUUCGAGACUCACUUCGAUAUCUGUGACAAGCUGCUGCUUCUCGAUUCAACCAAUCCGUCGUGUGCCGGAAUGAAGGCAUUGAAGAACUAUCUCAAGGAGACCAGAGCUACAAUCAUUUCGCGAUUACAAAAACCUAUCGGACUGCUUGAAGCCACGAUGCCUUAUCUGCAGUCGAUGCGAAAGCAGCAUGCCAAUUUCCCGGUGGUUUCGUGGCCAACGUUCGCAUCGAUAGUUCGAACGGAUGUGAAUCCGCUCACUGGGGAUGCACAUUGCCGACAGCUCAUUCAGCAGCUACAGCUUAUUGGCGAGGUAGUCUAUUUGCGGGAUGAGACGGCUGAAAUGGACUAUGUGGUUUUGAAUCCGGAGUGGCUUGGCACCCAUAUCAUCGGACAGCUUCUCAGUGCCGAAUUCCUUUCCAGAUGCCGAAUCAACGGCAUAUACUCGUUAGAACACUUUGCACCGAUAUUCCCCGAGAUCCCUGAGCCAACAGAUCUGCUGCGAAUGUUGGAUGUACUGCAACUGUGUGCUCCUGCUGAACCAGAUUCCGAAGAAACAUUCGAAUUCCCUGCUUUCAUACUUGCUACUGAAUCGCCAGAUGUUUGGGUCCGUAACAAGUCCACCUAUGUCUAUGGAGGUGUUCGUGUUCAUCCUAUGCGAGGAAUGGAGCGAUCAUUACAAAGCACGUUCCCACGGAUUCAAGUGGCACUCCGCCGAAGUAUGCAUGACUUCCAGGAUCCUAUGGACGCAGAUUUGAUCCAGUGGGCUGGCUGUAGUAAGAUGUCUUCUGGUCAAAUGGAAGCUCUUGUUAGGAUACGUGGGGAUGCAGUUGAGGUACAAGUCCGAGGACCAGCCGAACGGGCCACUUCUUGUUUCUAUUUCCUGGAAGACGUUGUGAACCUGGUAGAACAGACGGCUAGCGAAGUAGCUCCCGGCAUUGGUCUUGAGCGACAUUUCCUUAGCCCAAAGGCUCUACAGGUAUAA